UGAGACUGGCCUACCUGUGAGCUCAUUCCGCCUGUAGGACAAUAACAAGGCUGAGUGAAUGACGGCCUUUGAUUGGCCCCGACGGCAGCCAAUCUGAAUGCGAGGAAUGAGUCACAGGGAAGUCACUGCACCUAUCUGCACUCACCUGAUACUUUACCUGGCUGAGCUCAGACACAGCAUCUCAUUACCUUUCCAAUACAAUCUAUCACUGAGGCUCAUUGUGUCCCGUAAACUCCGGCAGUCAAGGUGUUCUUCUGUAUUUGACUUCACUCCAGCGAAGACAAGGAGACAUGGCUGUGGCUAAUUUCCAGUACAUUACCAGGAUGAGCAGUGGAUUCAAGGUCUACAUUUUAGAAGGUCAGCCCCACCUCAGGAGCGAAGACAGAUACAGACAUUUCGCAAAUGACCGGGCCCGAGCGCCAAUAGUGCAUCCAGUGAAACGCAAGCGCAGCCACGAGAGAGGUCUAACAUUGGAGGAGAGACGAGAGCGUGCGCUGAGCAGAAGCAGUGGUAGAGCUGCCCAGAGAGCAGCACCAGCGCCGGUGUUCAACAGGCCACAGAGCCCCACGUCAACCUGGAGUCCAACACCCAGCCCCACCAGCCCUCUGCCCCCCCAUGUGUACUACGCACCAGUCAUGGAUGAACCACUUGCCCUCAUCAAGAAACCGAGAAAAGACCCUGAAAGCAAAGAGGACAAGACUAAACUCUCUGCUCCCUCUCAAACCCAGAUGCGACCUUCUGUGAUCACUUGCGUCUCCUCAUCAAGAAACCCCUCCUGCAGAUCUGAUGUCCACAGGAGCCCCUCAUCAGUGAUUUCCAAAUCCAACUAUGACCACGUGGUCGAGGAGCAUUUCCAGAGGAGCCUCGGAGUGAACUACCAGAAAGCUCGCUCCCAGCAGCUCUCCAUCAGCGUGUCUGUCGAUGACCACUUUGCCAAGGCUUUGGGAGACAAGUGGCUGCAGAUUAAAUCCAAGUCUUCCUCCUGUUCUUCAACACCUCCCAGCAGUCCGAGCGUCACUUACUCCCCCACCUACAGCCACAGCAUGAAUCCGUCCCACAAAGAGUCCACCAGCAGCUCAUCGCCAACCUCCAGCCAUUGGUCUGUGAAUUAAAGCAGAAACGAUCUCUCAUAUGGGAAGAAACUGUGACUUUUAACAUUUCACUGCGUGCAGCUCUGCUUGUCGAGCAAUGGAAAUGCCAGCGCUAGUGUUGAGAGUGCGAGCUAACAGAUGCAGGGGUGCUGUCACUUUGGACCUCUGUGUGUCCAAAUCUAAGACACAUUGAUGCAGAUGAAUGUAGCAAUCAUUUGGAUGUCCAUGUCUUGUUACAUUUCUGUCCUCUGCUUGUUGAUAGCAUCUGAAUACCUGAGAUACUGUAGAUGGUGAUGUGGGAUGAUUGAAAAAUCAGCCAGAUAAUCCUUAACAUUUCUUUGAUUUUGUGUUGUUCUUUUAAUGCCACAAUUUCAUUGUAUUAUAUUUAUGCUCUGAUUACACCUGGGUUCCUUAUAGUCAAAAUGACUAGCCUAUCUGCUGUAUAAUAUUGUGCUUAUCAGCUGUACACAAAAGAGAUUUUUUUAAAAGACUUUGAAAAAAUAA